AUGGCUUCGACCGCCGUCUGCAAGAAAUGGGCCUCCCCGGACGACUGGGCCCGGUAUCGCGGCACCAUCACCGCCCUCUACCUCGACCGGGCUAAGACGCUGAGGGAUGUGAAACGGAUCAUGGAGCUGGAGUAUUUCUUCUAUGCCACGGAGAAGAUGUACAAGAGCAAGUUUAACAAGUGGGGCGUCCAGAAGAACCUCAAGCACCACCAGGUCGGCGAGCUGCUGAGCCUGCAGAACCGCCGCGCCGCCGAGGGCAAGGCCUCCGAGGUCUUCAUCCACGGCCGCCGCGUCGACGAGGCGCGGCUCAACUCGUACCUCAACCGCCAGCCCAAGGCCCGCCGGCGACAGAUCGAGGAGACCAUCGCCGCGUCUGCCGUCUCGGCCUCCUCCGUCUCCUCCGCCUCCGCCUCAUCCGCCGCCUCGUCGCCGUCCGAGACCUCUACUGAUGCGCGGCAGAAACGCCCCACGGAGGGCAUACUCUGCCGGACGCCGUCGCCCGGCCCCAGGCUCGCACGGGCGCAGUCCAUCCCGAAGCGGCUGGAGUCGCCCGACAGCCUGCGCCUGCCCGAGGAGUGCCUGCAGAUCAUGCAGACAUACAUCGGCGGGUCCGACGACGCGCACUUCAUGUGGGAGACGAACCCGGGAUGCCCAAACUUAGUGACGGAGUGGUACUCGCAGAUCGUGAUCGCGAAGAACUUGUUGGUUAAUGGGCUGACGGCACAGGGUUUUAGUAUGGUGUCGGCGUGCUACGAGCGGUACCGCGAGAUGCUACAACUACAGCACCCGCUGCUCGUCGUCGACACCGCCAUCGCGAUGUUCAAGCUGUCGGCCGUGGGCAUGGGGGGUCGCGAGCUCGCCGACGGCUUUGUUAGUUAUGCCGCCGAGAUGGCGCAGAUCGUGCUGGGCGCCUGCCACCCGCUCACGCUGCUGUUCCGGCGCUUCCGCCGCGCCGGCUGGGCCGGCCUCACGGUCUAUAUCUCAAAUCUGGUUCAGUACUAUCUGCGCGCCGCGCGCAUCGCGAGCCGCUUCGACACGGAGCUGGGGGUCCUACACAUUUAUCCCAAACUCGUCUACUACGGCCUCGUCGACGUCGAGGCGGCCAAGACGUUCUACCGCAGCGCGCUGGCCAAGCUGGCCACGGACCCGGACCGCACCGGACAGGGUGAGCGGCGGCGCGGCACGCAGCAGGCGCGCUGCUCGAUGGCGUGGAUGCACUUCUACGACGGCCGGUGCGCCGACGCCGUCGCCGUCGUCGAGGGCGUCAUCUUCGACGCGCGCGAGGGCGAGGUCGACCCGCUCGUCGAGAUCGACUGCUGCCAGCUGCUCGAGUGCAUCGCGCGCCAGCGGGGCGACUACGGCUGGGCCAUCGACAUGCUGUACCGCGGGAUACCGCUCCGGGACGAUGGAGACACAAAGGCCGCCUUCCGCGAGAGCCACCGCAAGAUCGCGCGUCGUCUGCCGUAUUUGGAGAGUCUGCUGCGGCGCGUCGGACGCCUGGAGGAGGCGGAUGUUGUGAGGAAGCGGUUCGAUGACGGGUGGAUCGAGCUGUGUGGUAGCGCUGAGGGGCUGGCUGGCCGGAAGAGGCUUGCGUUGUAG